UGCGCACCGUUCUCCUUUUUUUCCCCCGGAACUCGUCCCCUGGCGUCUGUCACCCGGAAGGCACCCAACGUGGGCCCUGCUCGGUCUCCGAGGCGGUUCGCCAGGACCAACCCAGGAGAAUCGCAGACCAUAUAUAUAAAACGUUCCCCGUUACAAACACCCCCCAAAUGAAACAGCGGCACGCUACAUACCGUUGGAUGCAAGCAAUCGCGGAAGCGAAGGGGAAUGGAAACCCUUCACCUCGACCCGGUGGUGCCUCCCUCCUCCUCCUCCGCCUCCACCGCCCCCCGUGGCCUCUUCACUGCCGCCGAGCUCGCGGCGGCGGAGCGACUCGUCCAGCUCAGCGCCAACAGCGGCACCCUCUCCGUCACGGCGACGGCGGAGGACCGGACCUCGUCUUCGUCUCCGCGGUCCGUCAACGCACGGCCACCGUCCCAGGUGACGAUCCCGAUGGAGAACGUGGAGGAAGACGACGACGAGGAGAUACGGCCCAGGAGGAGGACGCCGCGGUACCGGCCGAUCGCAGACAUCUACGCGGCCACGCGGCCCGUCGAUCGCGUCACGAGGAUGUGUGGCGUGCAGCGGCGCGAGAAGAAGAGGACGAGAGGAGAGGAUUAGCGACGCCGAACUUAUGGAAGAGUCGAUGUGCUCUCCACCCCAUUACGUUUGGGGUUUCUUUGUAUCAGAUUCGCCCCUUAGAGAGAGAGGGAGCCAUAGAGGAAGAGAGACUCCUAUGUAGCCUUUAGUUGUUAUUGUUA